GCAAUUCAGAAAGUUUUCAGUGAGGACCUACAUUCCAGCUUAUACUUUGUCAAUGCAUCUCUGCAAGAGGUAGUAUUUGCCAGCACUACGGGGACCGCAGUGCCCUGUCCUGCUGGUGGUGCCCUGCCUGCCUCGCUGCGCUGGUAUCUGGCGACCGGCGAGGAGAUCUACGAUGUCCCGGGCAUCCGCCACGUGCACCCUAACGGAACCCUCCAGAUCUUCAACUUCCUGCCGUCCAGUUUCAGCAAGCUGAUCCACGACAACACGUACUACUGCACUGCCGAGAACCCUUCUGGCAAGAUCAGGAGUCAGGAUGUCCACAUCAAAGCUGUAUCACGGGAACCCUACACGGUCAGAGUGGCUGACCAGAAGGCUAUGAGAGGCAGUGUAGCCGUCUUCAAGUGCAUUAUCCCUGCUUCUGUCGAGGCCUACGUCACUGUUGUAUCAUGGGAGAAAGACACAGUUUCACUCAACUCAGGACAAAGAUAUUUCAUCACAUCCACGGGAGCCUUGUACAUUCUGGACGUCCUGCCUGAGGAUGGGCUGAAUAACUACCGCUGCACCACACGCCACCGCUACACCGGCGAGACUCGUCAGAGCAACAGUGCACGUCUCAUUGUGUCAGACCCCACCAAUGCUGAGCCAGGCAUCUUGGAUGGCUUUGACCACAGAGAGGUGAUGAUUAAUCAUCGGGUGGAGCUGCCCUGUAAGGCCUCGGGCUACCCAACGCCCAAGUACCGCUGGCUGAAGGACAACAGCCCUCUGGAGCCCGACAGCCGCUUCCGCCAGACCAUCACCGGGCUGCUGAUCGAGAGCACGCAGCCCAGUGAUUCUGGGACGUAUGUGUGUGAAGUGUGGAACAGUUAUGGCAAUGCUGAAGUCAUGGGGCGCCUGUAUAUAAAGCAGCCUCUGAAGGCCGUGGUCAGCCCUCGCAAGGUGAAAGGCAGCGUGGGUAGCAAGGUGUCUCUGUCCUGUAGCGUGAGCGGCUCCGAUGAGUACGAGCUGUCAUGGUACCGCAACGGAGAGAUCAUCUACCCGGGCAACAGCGUUCGUUUCACGGGGCUCAACAGGGAGAACCUCAUCAUGGAGGGCAUGUCGAAAAGUGACGGUGGAGCUUACCAGUGCUUCGCUAGGAAGGGCAAGAUGUCCGCCCAGGACUUUGUGCAAGUCAUCCUAGAAGAUGGCACUCCCAAGAUCCUGUCCUCCUUCAGCGAGAAGGUGGUGAACCCGAACGAGCCCGUCUUCCUGGUGUGCAACGUCAAGGGCACGCCGCCUCCCAGAUGCAGCUGGUCCCUGGACGACGACCCCGUCAUCAAAGACAGCCACCACCACCUGGGCCACUACGAGACCCACGAGGGCCACGUGGUCAGCCAGCUGAAUGUGACCCACACCCAGGUGCAGGACGGAGGGGUGUACCGGUGCACGUGCAGCAACUCGGCGGGGGGCGUGUACCACCAGGCUCGAAUAAACGUAAGAGGCCGCGCCAACAUUCGUCCAAUGAAAAACAUCACAGCGGUUGCUGGGCGGGACGCCUUUAUCCAUUGCCGUGUGAUUGGCUACCCUUACUACUCCAUAAAGUGGUACAAAAAUUCCGCACUUCUCCCCUUCAACCACCGGCAGCGAGCCUUCGAGAAUAAUGGCACACUGAAGCUGAGCAACGUGCAGCAGGUGGAUGCUGGCGAGUAUAACUGCAAGGUGAUGGUCCAACCCAACAAGAUGGACUCUCAGAGUGUCCACCUGUGCGUACGAGUCCCUCCGUACAUUCAGCCAUUUGAGUUCCAGCGUUUUACCAUCGGACAGCGUGUCUUCAUCCCCUGCGUGGUCAUGUCAGGCGACCGGCCACUGGACAUCACGUGGCAGAAAGAUGGACGGCCCAUCCCCAUCAGCCUAGGUGUGACUGUGGACAACAUCGACUUCACCAGCUCCCUGCGAAUCUCCAACUUGACGCCUGAUCACAACGGGAACUACACUUGCGUUGCCCGCAACGAGGCUGCUGCUGUGGAACACCAGAGUCAGCUCAUUGUCAGAGUUCCUCCUCAGUUUGUGGUUCAGCCUGAGGAUCAAGAUGGAAUCUAUGGGAAAACUGUGACUCUCAACUGCUCCGCUGAAGGUUACCCACCACCCACCAUCGUAUGGGAGCACUCCAAAGGUGCGGGUGUCCCCCAGUUUCAGCCCAUCCUCCUGAACAGCGGCUCUCGUAUUCAGCUGCUGAUCAACGGCUCGCUGCUGAUCAAACACGUGCUGGAGGACGACAACGGCUUCUACCUGUGUAAGGUCAGCAACGACGUGGGAGCUGAUGUCAGCAAGUCCAUGUACCUCACCGUCAAAAUCCCGGCCAUGAUCACCUCCUACCCCAACACCACCCUGGCCACGCAUGGCGAGGAGAAGAAGAUGAGCUGCAUCGCUCACGGAGAGAAGCCCAUUAUGGUUCGCUGGGAGAAAGAGGAACGCAUCAUCAACCCCGAGACCAGCCGAUACGUGGUCAUCGUCAAAGAAGUGGCUGACGAAGUCAUUUCCACGCUGGUGAUUAUGCCUACAGUUCGUGAGGACUCCGGCUUCUUCUCCUGCCAUGCCAUCAACUCGUUCGGCGAGGACCGGGGCAUCAUCCAGCUGACGGUGCAAGAGCCGCCCGACCCUCCAGAGGUGGAGAUCCGGGAGGUUAGGGAUCGAACCAUAGCUCUGCGCUGGACAAUGGGUUUUGACGGGAACAGCCCCAUCACAGGAUAUGAUAUUGAGUGCAAGAACAAAUCAGCUUCUUGGCUUUCAGCCCAGGUAACCAAAGAUGUGUCACCGCAGCUCAACCAGGCCACUAUCAUCGACCUGCACCCUUCCUCCACUUACAACAUCCGCAUGGUCGCCAAGAACAUAAUCGGCAACAGUAACCCUAGCAACGAGCUCACCAUAACUACUGAUGAAGCAGCUCCUGACGGCCCACCACAAGAAGUCAUCCUGGAGUCCACGUCCCCGCAGAGCAUCAGAGUCUCCUGGAAGCCUCCAAAUAAACACCUGCAGAACGGCGUGAUCCGCGGCUACCAGGUGGGCUACAGGGAGUACAGCCCAGGCGGCAACCACCAGUUCACCAUCAUCAGCCUGGACACGACAGGAGACACCACAGAGAGCAUCCUGCUGGACAACCUGAAGAAGUUCACUCAGUACAGUGUGGUGGUGCAGGCUGCAAACAGGGCGGGCACCGGGCCGUCGUCACAGCAGGUGGUCGUCAAAACUCUGGAGGAUGUGCCUUCCCGGCCUCCUGAAAAUGUGCUGGCAGUGGCCAAGUCUCCAGAAUCCAUCUCACUGUCCUGGAUUCCGCUGCCAAGAGAGUCUCUCAACGGAAACCUGCAGGGCUACAGAGUCAUCUACUGGGCCAACCUGCCCGAUGGAGAGCUGGGAGAUAUCAGGAAUGUGACGACCAAUCAGCCAUCUCUGGAGCUGGACGGCUUGGAGAAGUACACCAACUACAGCAUCCAGGUGUUAGCCUUCACCAACGCUGGAGAUGGUGUACGCAGCGAACAGAUCUACGUGCGCACAAAAGAGGAUGUGCCCGGUCCUCCAGCAGGGGUGAAGGCCGCCGCCUCCAGCAGCUCGGUGGUGUUUGUCUCCUGGCUGCCGCCACUCAAACUCAACGGCAUCAUCAGGAAAUACAUCGUCUUCUGCUCGAACCUGCAUCCCAUGGUGAUGAGUGAGUUCGAGGCGUCUCCAGAUAAGUAUUUCUACAGGAUCCCAAACUUGGCUCGGAACAGACAGUACAGUAUCUGGGUGGUGGCUGUGACUGCUGCUGGUCAUGGCAACAACAGUGAGAAGAUCAUAGUGGAGCCUCUGGCCAAAGCUCCAGCCAGGAUUCUGACCUUCAAUGGGACAGUGACGACUCCCUGGAUGAAAGAUAUCGUUCUGCCAUGCAAGGCUGUCGGAGACCCUCCCCCUACCAUCAAGUGGCUGAAGGGAAACACCAAUGGGACUCCUACCCCUGUCCUGGUGGACGGCCGUCGCAGUGUCCAUGGCAACGGCAGCUUCCUCAUCCGCACAGUGAAAGCAGAGGAUUCUGGCAACUACAGCUGUGUGGCCAGCAACAACUGGGGGUCAGAUGAGAUCACACUUAAUCUACAGGUCCAAGUCCCUCCUGACCAGCCUCGCCUCACUGUUACCAAGACGACCACCACAUCAAUCACAUUGUCAUGGAUACCUGGAGACAACGGAGGGAGUUCAAUCAGAGGCUACAUCCUGCAGUAUUCAGAAGACAACAGCGAGCAGUGGGGCAGUUUUCCCAUCAGUCCCAGUGAGCGUUCGUACCGUCUGGAAAACCUCAAGUGUGGCACCUGGUACAAAUUCACCCUGACGGCCCAGAAUGCAGUGGGACCAGGGCGCAUCAGUGAGAUCAUCGAAGCGAAGACCCAUGGGAAAGAACCCCAGUUUGCCAAAGAACACGAACUCUUCACCAGCAUCAACUCCACCAGGGCCAGGCUCAACCUUGUCGGCUGGAACAACGGCGGCUGUCCGAUCACCUCCUUCAUACUGGAGUACCGAGCGGUGGACUCGCCCACCUGGACCACGGCCCAGCGCACAUCACUGACCAAGAGCUACAUCCUGUACGACCUGCAGGAGGCGACCUGGUACGAGCUGCAGAUGAAGGUCACAAACAGCGCCGGCUCAUCAGAGAAGAGGAACACCUUUGCUACUCUCAAUGAUGACGGAAGUACAAUCCCUCCCUUGCUGAAGACAGGAGAUCCCAUCUCAGACAACAUGUCAGGCAGCGGAGGUCUGAAGAUGGUGGUGACCAUCACUUCUAUUCUGGUGGUGGCCGUGCUGGUCUUCAUCAUGCUCAUGGUGGUAAAGAGGAGGCGAAGGGAGCAGAGGCUCAAGAGACUCAGAGAUGCCAAGAGCCUGGCAGAAAUGCUGAUGAGUAAAAACACGCGGACACCAGACACAGUGAACAAGCAGCAGCAGACGUUGAGAAUGCACAUCGACAUUCCCAGAGCCCAGCUCCUGAUCGAGGAGAGGGACACCAUGGAGACAAUCGAUGACAGAUCCACCGUGCUGUUGACAGACAAUGACUUUGGGGAGACGAGUAAGCAGAAAUCCUCCACGGUGACCCACACGGUCCACUACCAGUCUCUGUCCCAGGCCACCGGGCCACUGGUGGACGUGUCCGAUGCCAGGCCUGGAACCAGUGAGUCCCAUCACCAUCCCACUGCCAGACGCACUGCCAAAGCCGGUCCUGCCGCAGCACGGAGCCGCUAUGCCAGCCAGUGGACCCUGAACCGGCCACACCCCACCAGCUCCUCGCACACCCUGACCACUGACUGGAGACUCCCCACGCCACGCGCCACUGGGUCUGUGGAUAAGGAGAGCGACAGCUACAGUGUCAGCCCAUCACAGGACACCGAUCGUGCACGGAGCAGCAUGGUAUCAACAGAGAGCGCAUCCUCCACCUAUGAGGAGCUGGCCAGAGCCUAUGAGCACGCAAAGAUGGAGGAGCAGCUCCGCCACGCCAAGUUCACCAUUACCGAGUGCUUCAUCUCUGACACCUCAUCAGAGCAGAUGACAGCAGGGACCAACGACUACACCGACAGCGUGACUUCCAGCACGCCGUCCGAGUCGGGCAUCUGCCGCUUUACCGCUUCGCCGCCCAAACCUCAGGAUGUCAGCCGGGUCAUGAACAUGGCCGCGCCCAGGGCACAGAGACCUGGGGGAGAGCUGGUCCACCUGCCGCCUUAUCUCCGGAUGGACUUCCUGUUGAACCGCGGCGUGCCACUGGCAGCCCGAGGUGGAGGAGUGAGCAGCAGCAGUGGCAGCAGCAGCAGUGGAGGGGGAGCAGGAGGUGGAGGAGGAGGUGGUGGUGGAGGAGGAGGAGGAGGAGCAAGCGGAGGUGGUGUUGGUGCUCCCGGGGAAGCAAGAGUCGGGGCAGGAGGAGCAGGAGGAGCAAUGGGCCAGACCUGCCUGGAGCCCCAGAGGAGCCGCACCCUGAAGAGGCCACCUCCCAUGGAGCCCACCCCCAUGGAAGUGCCCUCGCCCAGGGAGGUGCAGCAGUGGCAACCAGGAACUGCCUCCACCCUCCCCCACAGGGAUGUCCGGGAGAGGGGAGAGGCCCGGGGCGAGGUCCGGGCGGACGUCCCCUCCUCAGGAGACCUUGCCCAAGCACAGGCUGCCAAGCUCAGCACCUCCCAGGAGUCCCUGCUGGACUCCAGAGGACACCUGAAACAGAGCAACAACCCCUAUGCCAAGUCGUACACUCUGGUAUAA